AGCCCCGGCUGUUGUGUUGUCCCGGGACACAUUUUCGGCGCCUGCCGCAGGUGCAGCUGCUGUGACACCGACAUUCGAUACAUUCGGGACACGAUAUUGAUUCGCUAUUGACUCACACUGAAUUUGUGAUUCAUUUUUCCUUUCCGAUGCGGGACUAUUCUUCCGCCAUUUUGUACCACCGUGGGUAAUCGCCUAUUAGGUAAAGGCAACAGGAAAAAUGUCCCAACAGCGUGUAAGAAGGAAUGGCUCUCCCACGCCACCACCGACCCCUGGGAGCACCGUGCCAAGUGGCGCCCCCGGGAGUCGGCUGCAGCCAAUGAGGGCCACCGUCCCUUUCCAGCUGAAACAGCACGGAAGCCCCACACGGGGCUGUAACAAUAACAACGGGGCCGCCCAGCGCACUCCUUCCCGCACCGGCAGCCCCACACGGGCAGGGGGCAAUGGCCUGGAAUCCCCCCCAGCAGUUACCAGCAACCGAGGGAGCCCUACGGUAUCCACGCAGACAGGGGCGUCACCCACGCGUGGGCAUCACCACCACCACCAUCAUCACCACUCCCACCAUCACCACCACCACCUUCAUCAUCAUCACCACCACCACAAUAACAACCAACACCAGCAGGGGGUCGUCUCUCCUGCCUCCUCUCCCCCAGUGCUUACCAGUCCAGCAGAUCCGUCCAUAACAGGAGUCCCACCGGCCUCUUCAUCCUCUUCUCCGUCCCCUGUGGCCCUCUCGUCAGUUGGCAGGCCUGGGUGGCAGCAAAGGGCCUCCCCAGAGAGGAAGAGUCCUAGCUCCCCUAAAGGGGAUAAAACACAACCUCCUUCAUUAAGUCCAUCAAGUUUAAUAAGGCGCACAUCUUCACUUGAUACACUUGCUGCUCCUUAUCUAUCCGGUCAUUGGCCUCGUGAUAAUCAAGUGCAGACAGCUCCUUGUAUGAAAGACCAGUCCACCCAGACGGAGAGUGCUUGGGCUGAAGAAUAUGCAGAGAAGAAAAAAGGGUCACAUAAGCGCUCUGCAUCCUGGGGAAGCAAUGAGCAGCUAAAAGAGAUUGCAAAAUUACGUCAACAACUUCAGAGAAGUAAACACAGCAGCAGACACCAUCGAGAAAAAGACAGGCAGUCUCCAUUUCAUGGCAACCACUCUGCAAUUAACCAGAGUUCGAUGUCCAAAAAUGUACUUACUCCAGUGACUAUUCCCAUUACAAAAUCCUCUGGGUCUCGAUUUCGCAACAGUGUAGAGGGGCUGAACCAAGAGAUUGAGAUAAUUACAAAAGAAAAUGGAGAGAAGGAAGAGCAACUCUUGCCCCAAGAUAUCCCAGAUGGACAUCGUGCUCCCCCACCUCUAGCUCUGCGCAGUAUAGAUACUCAGACACCUGGAGGGGUUGACCGCGGAAGCAACAAUAGCAGCCGCUCACAAUCCGUGUCACCAGCCUCUUUCAUUACAAUCUCUAAUGAGUGCAACGAGGAAAGCCCUUGCCCAGCUGAUGACAAUAUUGCAGAUCCUCGAGACAAAGAGAAUGGAAAUCAUUCCCCUCUUCCCAAGUAUGCUACAUCCCCAAAACCAAACAACAGUUACAUGUUCAAGAGAGAACCGCCUGAGGGUUGUGAAAGGGUGAAAGUAUUUGAGGAAGGCGCGCCAAAGCCACUGCAUGAAAUUCCACCAUUUUACUGUCCUGAUAAGAACAAAGUGAAUUUCAUUCCAAAGAGCGGUUCUGCUUUUUGUCUGGUCAGCAUUCUCAAGCCUCUUCUACCCAAUCAGGAAAUAACCUUCAAAGGCUCCACCCACAGUCUUACAGUGCCUUCUGGAAUACCAUCUUCUCUUGUUCAAAACCUCAGCAUGACAUCAAUAUCAGGAAACAUAGAGCAGGAACGCAAUUCUCGAGGGACAAAUACCCUUGCUCCCCCACUCUCUCUGCUACACCCAUCAGGCCAAAUUGAUGAAGAAGAAGACUAAAAACCAUGUUGGCUGUUCAUUGUUACAGAGGAACUGCACUGCUCUGGUAAAACAAGUGACUUCAAAUGCAGUAUUUUCAUAAGCUGUUAAAAAUAUUGACCGUAUUCUCCCUUAGUAAAUUGGGCAGCAAGCAGACUUGCUGGCUUUGGCAUCUGUAAUGGAUAUAAUUGUCAAGAUCUGGAAAGGACUUAACGUCAGCUAAUUCUUUUACCUUGGCUUUCCUGUAUUGAACAUAAAUCUUGUGUUCUGAUUUAAUUAAAAUAAUCUGGUGCCUCUAUCUGCAAAGUGUAUCAGCCACAUAGACACUCUCAUCCUUAAGUUCUGGGCUUUAUAUCACUAUCACUUUCCUAAGCAGAACAAGACAAACUGCUUUCACAAACAGAUGGUCUGUUUUCCAGAUAAGUCCAUGUUAACAGUAGUUACCACUCAGAAAUGGAAACAAGAAGGCAUUUUUGAAAAGGUAUAAACUAAUGGCCAGGAUGUUUAAUAAAGUUUUAAGCUGUUUUCCAGCUGCAGGGUAAAUGAUGUACCUACUAGUCUCAUGUUAAGAUAACUGAUCUUAACAUGAUAAGUAAACCUGUAAAUAGAAAGGUUAAAGGGGAGAUGAGUAGCAGACUGGUGGGUAUUGUGUGGUUUGUUAAAUGAAAUUAUAUGUACCUCCUGCUUCAUCAUUUUAUUAUAGUUGGCAAUAUUGUGGUAUAUGUGUCCUACUUCUUUAGCUGACAUUUGGAUUAUAUUAAACAUUGUAAGAGGGUUCCAGCUGAAACUUAUAUUUGCUAGGCAAGGUAUCUGUUAAUCUGUACCACUCAUAAAAUGUUUCCUAACCUUUGCAUAUCAUUUUUUCCUGUCUUUUGGAUCCUUUCUUCCCACACUUGCAGUAAAUCUUCCAAUGCAUUUGAGUUGUACCUGACUGUUUAGUCUAAAAUUUAAAGCACAGACUAUCCAAUGCCUUCAUCUACCACUGUUUAAUUCCUUUGAUGGCAACUUCAAUAAUUAAAGUAUUUUUUUUCAUA